AUGUCUACUGAAAACAGUUUAUCUCUAAUAGAAUCUCUACCCCAGGAACUCUUUGCUGAAAUUCUUGCCCGGGUUGCUUCAUCUUCUGUUGAAGAUAUAAGCCACUGCUUAACAGUCUCACGGACGAUUUCUUCCACCGUGCAAGAUGAUCACGCCAUCAAACGUCUCAACCUACGUCCACAGGCGAUGAAUCCCAUGAUAACGUUUUAUCGUUAUCAGCAUCUUAUGGUGAAGGCUAUCAACAGCAACAAUCCUGCUGCUCACUAUACUGAAGGUAUCAAGCAGUUCUUCGCCUACGACAACAGGACCGUUGGGUUACUUCACCUAAAAAAAUCAGCUGAAGGUUCCUAUGACAAUGGUACCUAUCUCUAUGGCAUCGUUGUUUCAUGCAUGGGAAACAUUGAAGAAGAAAAAACUAUCUUACGUACCCUUGGAUGGGAGGCAAGCAGACGUCGCACUAAUCGUGCUCGGAGAGAGAUUAAGAGGUCAAUGAGGUUUGCUUAUGUCAUUUUGAAGCCUGAGUACACAGCCACUUUGAAGAGCAAUCAGCCACCGUUCACCUGGCACAAGAACGACAAGGACAACAUUUGUCCAAGCUGUUUCCACUACAAAAUGAUGCGGAAAUUCGUCGGAUUCGUCAGGCAAAAUAUCUAA